AUGUCAGUACGUAAAAGCGCCAAGAAGGAGGCUGCUGAAAAGAAAGCCGCUGACAAGAAUAAGGCUGAAGACACGGAAGAGGCACAAGGAAGCGAGAAGGGAGAAGAAAAACCCAACGAGAGCGAACCAACUCCUGAGCAAGCACCCCCACAACCGCUAGACAAGGAGCAGGAAGACGCCGAGGAAGAGGCUCCCAAGGAGGCACCAAAGGAAGAGGAACCAGCGAAGGAAGAGGAACCCAAGGAGGAGGCUGCCCCAGAGCCAGUCAAGGAAAUCGAAGAACCAGCUGAGGCAACCGAGGACGAUCACGAGGAAGUCGAUGAGAAGGAGCGAACAGUGGCGGAAAGCACGGACGAUGAGGACGAUCGAAUUCAACAGGAGGGUUUCAACUGCUGUGGAAUUACCAUCGGAGCAUGA